CCAUUGACAUUCUGACUGACCGCUGCAAGAAGUUGACAAAAAGCGUCUUCGUCCCUCCUCCCUAUAAAUUAAGCUCACGGCUCUCACAGUCCUUUUCCAUUUUUCUCACACAAAUUUUAGAAUCCAUUUUUUCAGCUGCUCUUCAACUGUUAGUGGACAGGGUGAACAUGGCUAACAAUGAUGGAGAAGGGAGUGGAAAGAAUUCGGGGCCAUCUCACGUUAAACUCAAUGAAAGAAUCCUUUCUUCAAUGUCAAGAAGAUCGGUUGCUGCUCAUCCCUGGCAUGACGUAGAGAUUGGACCUGGUGCACCAGCAGUUUUCAACUGUGUUGUUGAAAUUAGCAAAGGCAGCAAGGUUAAGUAUGAGCUCGACAAGACAACUGGCCUUAUAGUAGUUGACCGUGUGCUUUACUCAUCGGUUGUUUACCCGCACAACUAUGGUUUCAUCCCACGAACAAUCUGUGAGGAUAGUGAUCCAAUGGAUGUCCUAGUACUGAUGCAGGAGCCCGUGAUACCUGGUUCUUUCCUUCGUGCUCGCGCUAUUGGAUUAAUGCCCAUGAUUGAUCAAGGUGAAAAGGAUGACAAGAUUAUUGCAGUAUGUGCUGAUGACCCUGAGUUCCGCCAUAUCACUGACCUCAAGGAGCUUCCUCCACAUCGCCUUGCAGAAAUUCGUCGGUUCUUUGAGGACUACAAAAAGAACGAGAACAAGGAAGUUGAGGUUGAAGACUUUCUACCGGCUGAGGCUGCCAUCGAGGCCAUCAGACACUCCAUGAACCUGUAUGCAUCUUACAUCGUGGAGAGCUUGAGGCAGUAGGCUAACCUGGACGCUUUGUAAUUAGCGAAAUGGCUGGAGCGAUUUAGUAAUACCUGAAAACUAUCACUCUAUUUCAAUGGGUUUGAAUUGGUGGGUUCUUAUGUUGUACUUUUGAUCGUACGUCUCUUCUACGUGUUGAAUAAUGUUUUGUGGAUGGUUAGAUAGGUUUCCAUUCGUGAGAAAACCGCGAAUGAAUGCUGUUUUAACCCAGGAGAAAGAUAUUGAAGGGUUCAAAUAAUUUCAUGCAACUUCGGAUGCAAAGUUUAACA